AUGACUGUGCCAGAUUUUAGGAGCUCCAUACAGUCUGACGAGACAGUGGGAGCCCACUGCGCUCCAUACCCAGCUCAAAGUCACCGUUUCUGGGUCACGGGACUACCAAAUGCUGCUGUCCUGACGGAGCUGCUGUCCCUUGAUCCCCUCUUCCUGUCAAAGAAACCUCCGCCCCUCCACACCGGCGCCGACUGGAAGGUGGUCCUCCACCUGCCGGAGAUCGAGACGUGGCUCAGGGCGACCAGCGGCCGAGUCACGCAGCUCACACACUCCGCGGGACAAGACAGCGACAACCGGCACGUAGACGUCCACCUGGUGCAGCUCAAGGACAUCUGUGAGGACAUCUCAGACCAUGUGGAGCAGAUUCACGCCCUGCUGGAGACAGAGUUCUCCCUGAAACUGCUGUCCUACUCCGUCAACAUCAUCGUUGACAUCAGGACAGUGCAGCUGCUGUGGCACCAGCUGAGAGUCUCCGUUCUGGUCCUGAAGGAGCGUCUGCUGCAGGGCCUGCAGGACUCCAACGGAAACUACACCCGCCAGACAGACAUCCUGCAGGCCUUCAGCCAGGACCAGCAGCAGACUCGCCUGGACGCGCUGACAGAGGUGGACGACUGCGGUCAGCUGACCAUCCGCUGCAGCCAGGACUACUUCUCUUUAGACUGCGGCAUCACCGCGUACGAGUUGACCGACUACAGCCCCGGCGACGAGCCCGAGGCCCGGGGAUCUGACCCCGACGGCGAGGAUUACCACCCAUCACGGCACCUCGAUCCAGCCCAAGGCCCGAAUCCAGAACCCCCAGGGGCAGACGAGGGCCACGGAUCCUGCUUCUCAAACCACGGACACCACAGCAGCUUACCUGAUCUCGCCCCGUCCGCCAACUCAUCCAACCACAACCGUUCUCCGCCGGCGUUACCCACAAUGCAGUGUGGCAACCACGGUGAAAGUGCAAAGCGCCCCCUGCAGGGUGUGAGCCACAGCACGGAGGUGUCGCCCACGCAGCCGUCGCUUCCCAAGAGAGCUGCUUUGUUCUCAGAUGGAGGAACCGGGGUGGAGGACUCUCUGGGAGGCCUGGGGAACGCCGGCCCGGUCUCGGGGCUCCAGUUCCAGACUGAGCUGAGUCGGAGCACCCCUUCUCUCAUGGAUCCUCCGGACCGCGCCAAGUUCUGGUUGGAGCUGGACUCGGUUUAUCCAGAAAAUGUUUCACAGUCCUGCGAGAGUCUGCAGGUGAUGAACGGGCGUAACCUGCAGAGAAACCGCGUGAGGUCCAGACAGUUAGGACGCUCUCAGAGGGGCGUCCCGAGGCCGCUGACUGAACCGCGGAGCUCAUCCGAGGCCAGACCGCCCGCCAACGCCCCCCUGCCUCUCCAAGACCCGGUGUCUCGGGAUGAAAAAUCCCAACAAAUGGAGAGGACGCAGAGGGAGACACAUGCACACAGCGAGGGGGACUCUGACUCCUCGUUGCCCUCCCCCAUGAGAGAGCAGUUCCUGUCCUCAGACCUGGACGCGUCCGGAGAGGAGUCAGACCCCCGACCGCAUCCUGGCAAGACAGCGGUCUGGAUCGUGAAGCGCCAGGGGCAGAAGGUGAGGUUUUCAUCAAGAUCCAGCCCAGAAAGGGAGCACUGGUAUGGGUCUGAAGAGUUCAUGGCCCUCCCCGAUCAGCUCCGUAAGACGGAGAUUCUCGCCAUGAAGCUGGGAAGUCUGGCGCAGUCCAUCCCACUGAUGCCCGAUGGCUGUGACUCUACCCAGAAGGCUUUGCAGAAUGUGGACGACUGGGAUUUGACCGAGCUCAACCCAGACUGGGAGGUAGGGGAGAGCGGGGACGACACGCCUUCUCUUCUGCCACCGCUGCUUCCUUACAGGCGAAACCUGAUCAGCCGCUUUAGCUCCACCUCCUCCAGCGAUAUUGCUCUCUCAUUGGACGAAAGCAUAGAGUCGGGCCCGUUGAGUGACCUGCAGUCCGAGGAGGACGAGGGACGGAGGUCUGCAGAGCGCUGCCUGCAGCCGACGGCGCCCCCGGUGGACAUGCGUGGAGGUGCGUCCCUGGUGCACCAGCUGCUGGAGGACAUUCAGAGUCAGAACAAAGACCCCGCCAUCUGGAAGAAGUUAGAGUGUUUCGUGCAACAGUUGGACGGGUUCAUCUCUUGGCUGCAGGAGGCGCUGGACAGCACCGACAACUGGACGCCGCCCAGACAGGACCUGGACAGCCUGAGGGUGUACCUGGACACACACCUGAGUUUCAAGCUGAACGUGGACGUCCACAGCGCUCUAAAGGAGAGUGUCAUGGAAGAAGGCAGAGCACUGCUCACAGUAAUCCCCUCCCACCAAUCAGGUCUGAAGGAGAUCCUCCAUAUGGUGUCCAGCCAAUGGGAUCAGCUCCAGCGGCAGAUCCGGCGCCAACAUGGCUGGAUGCUCCGCGCCCUCCGCUGCAUCCAGGCCCGCCUCCUCUGCACCGGCCAAUCGCAGCAGCCCUCCGCAGCCCCUGUGGACACGUCGGCCAAUCGGCGGUCUCCGUGCCCAUCAGACGGCCUGGAGACUAAGCUGAUCCCCGGUGGGGGUGAAGCCCAGCGAGCCGCCCUGGCGGAGCAGAUGGCGGUCAAACUGAGCCGGCUGCGUUACCCGCCAUCCGCCAGCAGGAGGCACUGCAGUCAGCUGGCCGGGAACAACAGGCUGGAGAAGCUUCCUCCUAUGUGGAGGACGGCGUGCGGCUUCCAGAGGAGACGUCCUGGAAAACGCAUCAAAACCUCUCCAAAGAAGAUGUCAACCACGUCUCCUACCAAAUAUUUUUGGAGCAGCCAUGCCGAGCUGAUGAUGAUGGAGAGCAGGAAGACCAGCCUGCUGGGCCGGGCCGAGUCUCUGAAGAGGAGCGGGACCGAACUGCCCGACGACUUCCACCGCAAAAUACACAACCUGACGCACACAUGGAGACAGCUGGAGAAAAUCCUCUCGGAGCAUUCAGCACCCGGUCCGUCGUCGCACCAGAACCGGACCGUCGGAAACACCUCGUUGCUGGGAGGCGGCGGCGGUCGCGACGGCGUUGCCGUGGCGAUCCCCCGAUCGGCCCUGUCCCCGGUGACCAACUCGCUCCUGGAGCAGCUGGAGGCGCGGAUCAAAGAGCUGAAGGCGUGGCUGCGGGACACCGAGCUCCUCAUCUUCAACUCCUGCCUGGGACGGGACCGGGACGCCGCCGGGCAGCUCCACAGCUUCAAGGCGCUGUGUUCGGAGGUGCGAGCCCGACGCCGAGGAGUCGCCUCCGUGCUGAAACUCUGCCAGAAGCUGCUGCAGCAGAGCCAGGUUAUCGGCAGCGCUCUGGAACCGGGUCUUGUCGACCUCCACCAGAUCAGCCUGGUCCCAUCUGGUCCAGUGGCUCCACCACAAGACGAGUCUUGGGAAUGGGACGAAACGGACAUGACAAUCGCAGAAGUAGAACCCCAAGAAGACCCAGACCUCGACCUUAUGCACAGCCUCCCCUCAGAACCAAAUCUGCCUUCGGACAGCUUUCUGUCCAAUGGGAAUCAGCCCGAUGGGAUUCGAAUCGGUGUCCCAGCCAGUCCUGACAUGUUGUCCCAUGUGAGGGAUGGAUCCUCCUCAGAGGGUCAGCCCAGUGUGAUGUCCCAAACUCUGUCCCUGAACAACAAUAACGUCUACCAGGUGUACAGCCUGCAUAGUGUGGAAUUAUACAGACAGCCUCAGUUUCCUCACACUUCCUCCUCGCUGCACAAAACCAAAUCAGGAAAACGAAAACCACCACAUCUCCUUCUUAAGAGUCUGAGUAAAGACUCCUCGUUCUCGUCUAUCGAAUCCCUCCCGGACCUUCUGGGAGGUUUGAUGUCAAACAGCCGAGGAGGAGACAGAGGCGUCGGGGAGAGGGAGAGUGGCGGAGGAAGAGGCCAGUCGGCGUUCAGCCGGCGGUCAGAGAGCGAGAGUGGGAUUGUCAGUGAUACAGGAGACACGGAGACGACAUCCAACUCUGAAAUCCAAGAAGAAGAUGAGGAUCACGAAGGAGAGGAGGAGGAGGAGGAGGAGGAGGAGGAGGGAAAGAAGCAGCAGACGUUUAAAACCGUAGACCGCAGUGUGCACAAAGACAACGUUACCAACCAAAGAACCAAGAAUGAGGAGAAUGUGAAGGAGAAAGGAUGGAGGAGGGAUGAAAUGAGAAAAAACAGAGAUGAGGAGAAAAGGAGGAGGCCCAGGAGGGGAGGAGGGGAGGCGGUUGAGAUCCUAAUCCACGGGCGUGGAAUCUUGACCCCAGCCGACUCCGACUCUGACUUUGAAGUGGGAGGACUCGGUGUAGACUCCUCCGAGACCUUUAAGUCCCGCAGCAUCUUCACAGAGUUUAAAAUCAACCAGUUGAGCGGUUUGGAGACCCCUCCAGCUGUGAGCCGCCAGGCGUCCAGUCCGGUUUUAUCUCAGUGCUCCUCUCUGGAGUCCCUUCUGGCUGUGGGUGUGGAGUUAUUUCCCUCCAAAGACCAGCUGCACCGUAGCGCCUCUCUGGAGAGCUGCUUGGUCCCGUGUUGGAGCGCCGAAGAGACCGCAGGCAGCCUGGUCAGCCUUGGGGAUCUGGACCUGAAUGGGCAGGGCAGCGAGAUUGAGGGAGCGAAAGCACGAAAUGAAAAGAAGAAUGAAAGUGUGCAAGGAGAAGCGCCCUCUGGGGAGCUGAGCCGAAGGACUCUGGAUCUCCUGAAACGCCUGGAGAACAUCCAGAGUCCUUUGAUGGGGACGAUGACCCGGAGUUUUUCAGACAUGACGCUUCGGAGCGUCUCCCCGCAGCGCAGCCGUCUUCCUGCCUCGCUGUCUCUCGGCGGUCGACACGCCCCGCUUUCUAGGAUUUCAGGGUCUCCACGAAAAGGCCCCCCAUCCCUGAUCAACGAGAGCUCAGCGACAGCAUCUCUAACGGAGCUGAGUAGCGCCGAGGACUCCUCUGUGGGGUCGGAAGACUUCCCCGCGCUCAGAGGUCAACGCCACCUCUUCCUGGAUACCGGCGGGGCAGCAGCCAACGCCAACUCGUGUUCUUAUAGGAAACGUUGCAGAGGCGGAAACGGCAGAGGAGGGCAAGGGAUGGAUGAGGCCGACGCGGCCAGUUUGAGCCUGGUAGUGAACGUCUCGUGCAAGUCGGCCUGCACGGACGAAGACGAGGACGACAGCGACCUUCUGUCUUCCUCCACGCUCACGCUCACCGAGGAGGAGCUCGGCGUUAGGGACGAGGAGGACGAGGGGGACGAGAGGUUGAGCGGCGUCUCCUCCGGCAACGACGAGGACGAAGAGGAGAUGGAGGGCUCGUACGUCCUGGGGCUGGAGUACAUGAAGAGGGAGCUGCAGAGUUGGAUCCGAUCUUCCUCUAAGACCGAGGCCGGUCUCCGGGACGAGCUGCAGUGCGGGACCACCCUUUCCUCCGCCUCUCAGAACACGGUGCCGCACCGCUUUCAAAGGCGCUCCAAAUCAAUGGAAGCCAACACUAUCGCAGGCAACAACAAGGCAAAACGAGACAAGAGAGAACGGGACGAAGAGGAGGAGAACCGGAGGAACGCGACGAGAAGCUACAUCAGCCAGUUUGUGGACGACGUGGAGAACGGAAACGUGGACCACAGCUGCGUGAAAGGGGAAGACGAGGACGACGAGCUCCUCCGGGAGGAGUCGAGCGUGUUCACCAAGAAAGGCGAGUCGCUGAGGGAGUCCUACGGGUUUGUCAAAACGGCGGAGUCGGUCCAGGAGGACGGGGACGUGAUCGAGAGAACCGAAUCAAAGCUGCUCUCGCCGUCUCCGUCGUGCAAGCUCCUCCCCUUUCUGUCCAACCACGCUUCCUCUUUAGUGGGACAGCUGAGAGGGGAGUUGCCCUGUCACAGCUCCUCCUUCCCCUCGCCUCCGUCCCUCUCGCCCGUCGAGGACUGCGGAUCCCGUGACACCUUGCACAUGGGCAGGCCAGCAGCCGGGGGACGGAAGGCCAUCACCAGUCAGGAAAAGUUCAAAUUCUCGUCUUUUGUGACGGAGGAGACGAGGAGGGAAGUCCGAGACAAAGAGACGUCACUGCCGCCCAAAAAACGGCACAAUUCUCACUCUUCCUGCUGCAGCCACCUUCCCUCCCCCUCCUCCCUCCAUCCUUGCAGCGUAGGUGAGGGCGCCAAAGAGAAUGUGCACGAUUUCGUAAUGGAGAUUAUCGACAUGACGUCCCUGGCCCUGAAGAGCAAAGAGAAUCAGCCCGAAGAACCGAACCAGCACGACAGAAGCGGGUCCGUCCCAGACCAAGGUCCUGCAUCGCUGGCACAGAUCAGAGACAAGGUGUUGGAACACUCCCACCGGCCUCUCCACCUUCGCAAGGGAGACUUCUACGCCUACCUGUCCCUCUCGUCCCACGACAGCGACUGUGGCGAGGUCAGCCAGUGCUCCGAGGAAAAGUGCCCCACGCCGGCGCCCUACACCCUCCCGUCUUACGCAUCGCCGACCCGGGACCUCCAGAACCCGAGCCCGAGCCUGAGCCCGGACCUGUUCACCAGCACCCGGCGGCGAGUAUCAAACCUGUCUCCGUCUGCCGACCCGGAGUCCGAGACCAGCUUCUGUGCUCUGGAUUUGAAGUCUGGCCGCGCUGAAGAGCCCACCAGCCCCUCCCUGUCCCUGUCCCUGCCCCCAAGUCCGGACAUCCGGGACGAGGUGACCCUGUUUGCCGCCUGCACGGAGGAGGUCUACCUGGGCCCGCCUCUCUGCUACAGCAUGGCGCUCACCAAGAAACCACGGCACGAUCCUACGAAGGAGAACUCAGAGUCCUCGCCCUCCUCGGACACUGGCUGUGGAGCUCACUCGGCGCGUUCAAAACCAAGCGAUACUUCUGAUCCAGGUGAUAGUCUGAGCCACAUGUCUCCCUCGAAGGAGUUUGUGUUAGACCAGGAUCACAGGAUGCAUUUCCAAGGAUCGAGUCCCAGAGAGGAAACACACAGCACCUUGUCUCCUUUCCUGGAGCCUCGUCGUGGCCCUUUUUCCUCCUCCUCCUCCUCCUCCUCCUCCUCCUCUCUCCGAGGGCCUUGCAACCCGCCCUCUUUUCCUCCUCUUCCUCCCGUGUGCCCUGGCGCCGAGCAAGAGGAGCUGAGAGACCUGUACCUCCUCUGUGAUGUCGCUGGAGGCGAAGUCGCGGCCGCUGCCAGUGUCAGCCCGCGGCUGGAGGAGAGGAGUCGUAAUGAGGGGCUUCCUUAUCUUAAUCCCCGGGCGCGCGUCGCCCCGAUAGACUCCUCCGCAGACGAAUGUACGGCAGAUACUAAAACGCUCGAAUCCAAUAUGGGCGCCGUAAUGACCAAGAUAAGUGUCUGCGGCUCGGCUACAAAUCCCUUAAAAGAGCCAGCCGCUGCCACGCGUGUUAAUCCCAAAAUUAACCGCUCGCCGAUGAGAGAGGCCGAUAGGGAGGAGGGGGAGCGGCGAGGAGAGGGGGAGGAGAGGCGGCGAGCGAGGCGGGUGGAGGAGAAGGGGAGGAGAGGGCGGAGCGGUUCGCAGCGGGAAGCGACGACGGCGGCAGAGAAGCAGGUGAGUGUCUCUCUCAUCCUGAUCUGCUAUCUCAGACAUUAGACAGGGCCGCGAUACCGCUGUUCACCUCUCCACUCCAGGCUUUAGUCCGAGCCGAGCCCCUGGAUGUAAUGAGGCCAC